AUGGCUGGGGUCUGGAAAGAAGAUGGAUCAUACGAGUAUGCCCCUGGCGAGCGUGCCAGGCUGAAAGGCAAAGAGAAAGGCAAGGAAAAGGGCAAAGGCAAAGACAAGGGAAAAGGAGAGAAAGGGAAAGGCAAAGGCAAAGAGAAGGGGAAGGACUCCAUGACUGCGGCAGAGCGCCUCGCCUUCGCACAGGGCGCGUUGUCUGCAGACGGUCCUGCAGCCAAGAAAGCCCGUGUUGGCGAGCCUGGGGCCGCAGAAGAAGAGGAGGAGGAGGAGCUUCCCGAGUUCGACUUCGAAAAGGACUGGAAAGAUAAAUCCGUCGCACUCCUGAACCUCAAGGGAGCAAAGGAUCUCAACGGUCUCAUGGGAGUGGUCAAAGAGUACAACGAAGAAACAAAGCGAUUUCUGGUUUGUGUGGAGGGUGGCAAAGGCGAGAAGAGCAUCAAGAUGGAGAACAUCUUCAAGGUAAUGACUGGAUGCAUCGUGAAGCUCCGCGGCUUAGACUCCAUAGAGCUGAACGAAGCCAUCGGAGAAUGUGGGCGGCUUGAUGUAGAGAACCUGAGAUACGACAUCACACUGUCUGACGGACGUCAUGUCAAAGCGAAACCUGCCAACGUCGAGCUGGUGGCCAGAUACGAAUCUUCCAAGGUGGCCGGCGAUUCAUCCCAGAUGGACCGUAUCCGAGCGGCCAAUGGCCUUCGGGAUCGGCUCACUGCCGUGGAGGAGUUCGACUUUCCCGCUCCGUUGGUGCUUCCGGCGAGCGCGCUGGAGGAAUACGCGCAGAAGUUUCCAAAGUCGGUCGUGAUCGGAAAGUCCAACGCUGCAAACCCCAAAGGUGCCCAGGUGCUCGCACGCGAGGUGGUGAGUGCGACAAAAGUCUCGCCGGGAGCACGUCUGGUCUUCAUCUCGGUGCGUGGCACCUACCUUGGCCACAUCCCUGGUGACUUGCAUUCCAAAGUACGUCGUUUCCAUUUGUCUGUGCAUGCAACGAAUGUGUUGGGAACCACAACUAUGGUGAAAAUUGGACAGAAGAUUCCCUUCAAGACCGCAUAUGUUAUUUCGAUUGCGGUGCAACUGCUGAUGAUGCUGGCCUUGCCCAUGCUGGCGUUUUGGAGUGCAGAAGAAGUUCAUGGUGAUCUUGUGACUCCCUCGACUUGGGGCUUUGCUGCCGCACUGGCUUGCUGCGCGGUUUUGGGGUUGGCGGAGUCCUGCUUCACAUCUCUGAUCUGCGGGCUUGCGGGAUCCACGGGAGAUCCUAAGCUUAUGGGCGCCAUCAUGACUGGGCAAGGCAUUGUCGGGGUGGUUCCCCCUAUAUUGCUGAUUUCGUUGAAGUUCUUAUCUGGAGAUCCCUUGAAAUGGAAGUACGAGGUCGUGUUCUGCUUCUUUGGCACCUGUGCCGCAUUGCAAGCCCUUGGCGCGUACCUCGUGCGCUACGUGCCCACCCCUCACCAGGAGAAUGCACGGCCGAACACCACGAUGGUGGAAGUGGUAAGCUUCUGCUCUUACACCAACUCGGAGCCGUCAGACCCCGCUCGGCAACUUAUCUCCGGAGAGCGCUCAUUUGGCCCCGUCCUCAAGGAUGUGAUCCCUCAGCUGGUGAACGUGUCGAUGGUUUUUGUCGUGACCUUUGUGGUGUUCCCCGGUGUGGCCGCAAACUGGUCUCCACAGCUGGACAUUUUCGUCAGCAAAGGUACCUUGGGCAAGGACUGGUAUACAACCCUUGUGGUCGGAAUAUUCCAGAUAUUUGAUGUGGUUGGGCGAUCGACAUUCAAGGCCUUUGAGAAGAUCGGCGUUUCCCCCAAGACGCUCAGCAUUCCGGUUUGGCUGCGCUUGGCCUUCAUUCCAGCCUUUAUGCUGCUGCAGCGAAAACCGAACUCAAUUGCAGCUCCCUGGCAGGAUCUGUUGGCCUUUGCGGUCAUGGCACUUUUUGCUUUGACCAACGGCUGGUGUAGCACUCUCUCGAUGAUGUACGGGCCGCAGCAGGUGUCGCACCCCGCCGAGCAGCAUAGGGCUGGUGUUAUCAUGGAGCUGGGCCUUAUCCUGGGCAUCUUUGCAGGCACGGCACUUGUCCGGGGGCUGGGUGACGGGCGUUUGUCUCCCAGACCCGUGUUCUUCUUGAUCCCCGGGGCGGUCGCCAAGGGCCCUCCGGCAGCAUUGAAUGCGGCCACUUGCGCCUGGCCUCUGUAUGUGGAGCUGUGCACGGACAUGGUGCUGCUCGCAUCAGAGCGGUGGCAAAAAUCACCGUGGGCUCGCAUGGAUGCACUUAUGGCCGUUUGGGCCAAGACUCCGAUGUACUUGCUGCCGGAGAAGUACCAGCCAGCUGUAGCUCUCCCAGAUGCAUCAGCAACAGCUCCAGCGGCUGCAGAGGAGGAUGCGAAGGCCAGUGCAUCCACGGAGCCGCUGAGUUUCAGCGCUGAGGACAAGGGCCGUCCUAGGCCGCAGGCAGACGGCCGUGGUCCUCUGAAAGAUACCAGGAGGAACCUGCUUGAUUUGUGGCAGGGCCUUUCCAACCCCUCGGCGCUGUUGGUCGGCCUCUGUGACAGGGCAGCGGAGGCUGAGCUCCGGAGCUUCGUGUUCCGUGUCGCAGCCACGCUGACAGCUGGAGGCGGAAGGUACUGGCGGCGCAAAGGUCCUGAGUGCAACGAAAGUGCCGCCGGGAGCACGUCUGGUCUUCAUCUCGGUCCCUCGAGACAGGCACAAGUGGAGCCUUCCCAGGCACUGUUGAUUGAGUUCUGCGGUGAGUUGCAGGUUGCGGGUGGUGUCCGCGCUUUUGCACUUUUGAGUUCUGGAGUUCGCUGGAAUUUGGCGGAUGGGAUGCCAGACAAGAUGGACGCUCCACAAAUAGGGAUGAUUUUGGGCAUUCUGACCCUGGCGGCAUGGAACUUCUACCUCACAGCUGUUGGCUUCUUUGAGCUCUGGUUUCCGGGCCACCAGUGGGCCUUCGUCGCGUCCAUGACGUAUCAGGCAAUGAACGUGCUGGGGACCACCACCAUGGUGAAGCUUGGCCAGAAGAUUCCCUUCAAGCCCGCAUACGUGAUGGCGCUUGCGCUGCAACUGCUGAUGAUUCUAGCCAUGCCAAUGCUGGCGUUUUGGAGUCCAGAAGAAGCUACCGAUGAUGUUGUGACUCCCUCGACUUGGGGCUUUGCUGCCGCACUGGCUUGCUGCGCAGUUUUGGGGUUGGCGGAGUCCUGCUUCACAUCUCUGAUCUGCGGGCUUGCGGGAUCCACGGGAGAUCCCAAGCUUAUGGGCGCCAUCAUGACUGGGCAAGGCAUUGUCGGGGUGCUUCCCCCCAUAUUGAUGCUGUCGCUGAAGUUUUUAUCUGGGGAUCCCAUGAAAUGGAAGUACGAGGUCGUGUUCUGCUUCUUCGGCACCUGUGCCGCAUUGCAAGCCCUUGGCGUGUACCUCGUGCGCUAUGUGCCAACCUUCCACCAGGAGAACAGACAUGCUGAUGCCACGAUGGUGGAAGUGGUAAGCAUCGGCUCUUUCACCAAUUCGGAGCCAGCAGACCCUGCUCGCCAGCUUAUCUCCGGAGAGCGCUCGUUCGGCCCCAUCCUCAAGGAUGUGAUGCCUCAGCUCGUGAACGUGACGAUGAUUUUCGUGGUGACCUUUGUGGUGUUCCCUGGUGUGGCCGCAAGCUGGUCUCCACAGCUGGAGUUCUUCGUCAGCAAAGGUGCCUUGGGCAAGGAUUGGUAUACAACCCUUGUGGUUGGAAUCUUCCAGAUCUUCGAUGUGAUUGGACGAUCGACGCCCAAGGCGCUCGAGAAGAUGGGAGUUUCCCCGAAGAGGCUCGGUAUUCCGGUGUGGCUUCGUUUGGCCUUCAUCCCGGCAUUUAUGCUGCUGCAGCGAAGACCGAACUCAAUCGCAGCUCCCUGGCAGGAUCUGUUGGCCUUUGCGGUCAUGGCACUUUUUGCUUUGACCAAUGGCUGGUGCAGCACUCUGGCGAUGAUCUACGGGCCUCAGCAGGUGUCACUCCCCGCCGAGCAGCAUAGGGCUGGUGUUAUCAUGGAGCUGGGCCUUAUCCUGGGCAUCUUUGCAGGCAGCGUCUUGGCUUUGCUCACACAGCUCGGUCUUCACUGA